AUGGAGACUUCAGCGUUCACCGAGACCCAGCUUGACGUGCGCGAGGCCAUCACAUCAGUGUGCAGCCAGUUUCCAUCCACCUACUGGCAGGAGCGCGAUCAAUCACAAACGGACCCAAGCGACUUCCACGCCGCGCUCGCCCAAGGAGGAUGGUUGGGCAUCGCGCUCCCCGAAGUGUUUGGCGGCUCGGGUCUGGGGAUAUCAGAGGCCACCAUGAUGAUGCAGACCAUUACCGAGUCAGGCGCUGGCAUGGCUGGAGCGCAGAGCAUCCAUGCCAACGUGUACGCCACUCAACCACUGGCCAAGUUUGGGAGCAAGGAGCAGGUGGAGGAGGCAAUCCCCAGGAUCAUCUCUGGCGAGUGGCGAGUCUGCUUUGGUGUCACUGAGCCGAACUCUGGUCUGGACACGCUGCGCCUCAGCACAGCGGCCCGCAAAGUCGACGACAAGACCUAUGCCGUCACGGGACAGAAGAUUUGGAUCACCUGCGCGCAGGUCGCCCGGAAGAUGAUGCUGCUCGCUCGAACAACGCCCCUCGAGGACGUGAAGAAACCGAGCGAGGGGCUUUCCCUCUUCUGCAUCGACCUCGACCGCGAGCGCGCGGGUUUAGACAUGAAGAAGAUCCAGAAGAUGGGCGGGCGGGCUGUCGACGCGAACGAGGUGUUCUUUGACAACUACAAGAUUCCCUCCUCAUCGCUCAUCGGGGAGGAGGGCAAGGGGUUCAAGCUCAUUCUGCACGGGAUGAACGCCGAGCGCUGCCUCCUGGCGGGCGAAGCACUAGGUUUGGGCUACGCCGCCUUAACACGGGCAGCAGGCUAUGCGCGCGAGAGGACGGUCUUCCAGCGGCCCAUUGGGCAGAACCAGGGGAUCGCGCAUCCCCUCGCGGACGCGUAUAUGCAUCUCGAGGCGGCGAAGCUGGCCACGUACCAUGCGGCGCGCCUCUAUGACAACUCCAAGACGGACGACAGCAUCGGCCAGGACUCGAUUGGUGUUGCGGCGAAUAGUGCAAAGUACCUCGCGGCGGAGGCUGCGUUUACGGCGUGUGAGCGAGCGGUGCUAACGCAUGGCGGUAUGGGGUACGCGAGCGAGUAUGAUGUAGAGCGGUGGUUCCGCGAGUGUCUGGUGCCCCGGAUUGCGCCUGCCUGGCCUCCUUCUCGCUUUGACGCAAUUGAGCCAGGCGACCGCGCGUACGCGCUUCCGCCUUCCAUGCCCGCCAUGGCUCCUCCAUCGCCAGCGCCGUCCUCCUCGACUACACGCGCCGCCAAAAGGACCCGCGCCAAGCAGGCAUGUCGCGUCUGCAACAGUCGGCGCGUGCGCUGCAAUGUCAUGGACGUCCAGCCAUGCGACAACUGCGUCGCCGGCGGCGUGACGUGCGAGAUUGUCCCUUCUCGUCGUGGUCGAUACCCCCGUCGCUCCAAACGUCAGCAGCAGGGCUCCGUUUCGGCGACCACCGACGUCUCGCCAAAUUCCAUGAGCCCUCGCCCCAGUUUACGCGCACACAGCACCAUACAGCCCGCCGCACCUGUGGCUUCAACCUCACAUCCAGCCCAUCUUGAUGAACCCACCGCCGCGGCAAAGGGAGCUUCCCCGACACCGGGGACCCUGUUCUUCGGCGAGUCCAACUUCAUCACCCUGGUCCCCGGCACAGCGCACAACAGACAUGUCUUCUCCGUCCCCGAGACACCCCAGGAUGCCCAGGCCUCCGACAUCAGUCCCGCCACGAUGCGCUAUCUCAAGGAAGAGGGCGCGCUCACGCUGCCUGACCUGCAGACCUGCCUCCCGGCCCUGCAGGCCUACUUCAAGUGGUUCCAUCCUUGUUUUCCGAUCCUGGACCGUGCCGAGAUCACGCAGAAGCUGGCGGCCAUGGCUAUCUCGCGCUUGCUGCUCCAGGCGAUGCUCUUCAUUGGCGCCACGUACUGCGAUGAGGAAACGAUUACGGGCAUGGGGUUCAGGGACCGCACGGAGGCGAAGCGUCUGCUCUAUGGGAGAGCGCGGAUCCUCUUCCACGCCGACUGGGAGAAGGAUCGGAUGAUACUGAUCCAGACUCUGUUUCUCAUGAGCUUCUGGCGAGGGGAUGCAAGGGAUGUCAGGGAUGUGCGGUACUGGCUGGGGGUGGUGAUUACGCUGGCCGAGUCGCAUGGCCUCCACCGAUCGGAAAAGAUCAUGUCCAAGGAUCCGACUUUGUCUAAAAUGCGGAGACGGAUUUGGUGGUCCAUCUACGUUCGCGAACGACAGGCCGCAGCAUCUCUCGGUCUCCCAAGCCGCAUCCGCGACGAGGACUGCGAUAUCGAAGCGUUGAGCGCCUCGGAUCUCGAGUCGGACACCAACCCCACCGUCGCAUCCCUCUUUGGCGCCUGCGAGCCGCAGCAUGUCAUCUACGUCGUCAAGAUGGUGGAGAUUGCAAGGCUUCUGGGCCGCGUGAUUGAUGUGCAGUUCGUCCCUGGCCAGAAGACGCACCACGUGGACCACAUACCUGAGCUCGACGCCCGUCUGGAAGAAUGGAGACGCAGUCUGCCCCCUGAGAUGCAGUACUCGUCCGAUGAUGGGUCAAGCUCGAUAUGGACCCACUUGCGCAUCCUCAUCCACCGAACCAACUUUAUGCGCUUCCCCGAAGAUGAUCCUCGGAGCCAAGUCGUCACCAACGCGGCCUGUCGCAUCAGCCGCAUCGCCGAGGACAUGUCUGCCCAGGGUACCCUUCGCUACGGGCAGAUGCAUCUGAUCACCAGUCUCUUCGCUGCCCUGUGUAUCCACGCCCUCGGCAUACGCCGCUCCAAGUCCAUGAACCAGCGCAUCGCUGAGCACCGUGCCCAGCUCUGUCUGCUCUGUCUCAAGGAGGUACAGAAGUACUGGCGUGUCAACAACAACGUCCUCGAUCUUUUCUUGCAGUAUCUGGAUUCCUCCAUCGCCAAGCGUCUGCACGGUCAUGUGGACGAGCCAUCGACGACGGCACCGCCGCUUGAGGCACCCGAGGAGCCAUCGGCAGCCACGUCGCCAGCCGCCGUGGAUGCGGGUGGGUCCUUUGAAGACCAGUAUCCGAGCCUCGUGAAUGGCGAAUGGGAGGGCGAUGAUGCGCUGGGAGAUCUAAGCCUAUUCCUAUGUGGUGGGGAGGGCUUCAUGGGAGACGAGGGCCUGGACUUUUUGGGGAGGUCAUUGUAG